AUGUCUAAGGAAGGACACUCCGUAGCAGCGUAUCUUGAUAUUGCUGUCCGGUACGGUCGGGAAAGCAUCCAUGUGACGCUACCUCUCACCCCCGAAAGUUCCAACAUCGGUGAGCUGAAGACGAUCCUAGAGCAGCGUACUAUGGUGCCCUACGUCAAGCAGCGGCUUCUUUUUAAUGCCCCUGUUAAAAAGGAGUUCCGCCGCGAGGCCGACGACGCCACGGAGCUGCGCGCGUUACUGCCGGAUUCGUUUUUGAAGCGCGUCGAGACCCACCCCGGUGGCGUCCCGCAGCACUUCAAAGUGACUGCGAUGCUGUUGGGCGGGCGAGGGACGGCGGCGAUGGUGGACAGCAAAACGAGCUCGGAGAUCUCACGGCUGGUGUGCACGACCCUCGAGCACGACGGCCAGUGGUAUCGUUGCUGCUACGGCAAGGGCUACCUGCGGCAGACGGCCUACAUCUGCCGCACUUGCGUGAGGGCGGGCAGGGCGGACGCUGCGCACGCGCUCUGUUUGGCCUGCGCGGAGAUCUGCCAUGGUCAUCACGAGGUGGAGGAGUGGGGCGUGCGGCAUUACAUGCGCUGCGACUGCUGUACAAAGAAGUGCUGGAAGCCCAUCGCCGGCGACGACGCGUCUAGGGAAGCGAUGCCAUCACAACCCUCGGUGGUGGUGGUUAGCGCAGCGGAUCUGCAGAAACGUACUCAACUUCAUACGCGCUCACGCUCUAAUAGCCCAACCUCACCUCACGCACAACUUCCGCCACUGAAAGUUGCGAAAAACGAGAAGGAGUUGGUAGGAAAUGAGACGGCGUGGCAGCCGAACAACUCGAUAGAAAUCCCUCACUACCCUAACGGGACUACUCAAAGUAGUGAGGAAAUCCGGACGAAACCGGAAACCGUAGAAUCUUCGCCCCUUCCAGAAGCAUCACGCUGCAUUUUUGUGGUUGACAGUUCGACUAAUAAGCCUCCUGUGAACGCGCUGCUUCCUGUGAACCGGAAGAAUCGCUACCCACGCAGCCCGAACACGUGGUGUUACUGUGAGAGGGACUAUCCAGAUGAUUCGGACUACGGCGGGGUUGUCUGUAUGCUUUGCACCACGUGCUUUUGGAGUGCGCACAUUACGAGACUCUUCGUAGACCAAUAUCGCUACAUGCCGUGCUACGGCGACGUUUUGGAAGGCAACGUGCUCGCAUUUAAAUGCAAUACUUGUAAUAUUUAUGUGUGCACCCCUUGCCGACUGCGCUGCCAUAAGGAUCACGCCAUCGAGCCGGAAUUCGUCAUUCCUGAUCAUGAUGACGGAACCACUAACGGCGUGCCCCCGGGAGUGAGGUUUAGCUGCGGCUGCGCAGGUCUAUGUAGUAUUGCGGAACGGGUUCCUGUCGAAGAGGUGGACAACUCUGACCUCUACAUGACGAUGCCCGAUGAUAUUAGACUGGAGAUGAUGAACAGCGACGUCUUCAUGGGGAUGAUUUGUGCGCACUGUAUGCAAGAGCACCCGUGGUUGAUGCAUAACAACCCCAGACACUGCUACCAAGGUCGGCUGCCCUCCAAAGUGACGGAUGGCAUCAAACCCGUCAUCGCCUGUGGUGAGCGGCGGCCAAUUGAAGAGCUCCCACCGGAUGUCUUUCCCUAUCACGGCAUGCUGCUUCCCGUAAACUCCUUUACAGCGGAGGCGACGUGUUCCUGUGCGGCGUGCCAGAAGGCCUUUGAGGAAUUCGCGCCCCGCGCUGAGGAUGCGACGGAGAUGAUUAUUGCACUGCACGACCACUGCGAUAACUGCGGCGUCGCCUUGGAGAAUGGAAAAGCGUUUCUUUGUCGAACAUGCGAGAUGACGAUGGAGGAGACGUUCUUUAUUUGCAAAAAUUGCAACGCCUUGCGAGAGGCACAGAUGCUGGAGGAAGUACCAGAGCCGCAACCGCCUCAAGAGAGUAGGGAAAGGGAUGCGUAUGCCGUUAGUGCCUCAACGCAUGUUAGUGAAGGAUCUGUAGGGACGGUAGGGUCGUCUUCACGAUUUCAACGCCCACACGUCGCGGUGUCUGCAUCCCUCUUUUCACCGAAUUCACCCAGACAAGAAGGAGAACCUGACGAUACAAGAGUCUCUACAUACAAUCACGAUCUUUCUCAUGAUUUUGUUGAGGACACCUUUGAGAACCUCAUUACGCUUUGCCAAAUGCAGGUUUUACAAACUAUAGAUGUGCCUACUCGUCAGUACGUAGAGGAAAACUUUGAAGAUGUGUCCGAAGGGUUCUCUCUGACGAACACUCUUGCCGCUUCCUUCGGACAGACACCUUUGAAUUUUGAUGAGGAGGACAUGCAGGCGUUACAAAAGGACAACCUUUCUAUUCCUUUUCAUAAGAACCUAGAAAAGUAA